AUGCGUCCAACAUGUGUCUCUGCACCUGGCAAAGUGCUGCUUACUGGCGGGUAUCUAGUGCUCGAUGAGCGCUACACAGGGAUCGUCUUAUCAAGUACUGCAAGAUUUUAUUCUUACGUGGAUGUCAAGAUUAGGGGUGGUGAGAAUAAAGUGACUGUAUUGUCAAGUGAAUGGCGUCCCUUAUUCCCGUUAACAGUCGAAAGUCCACAAUUUAAUCAGUUAAUUAAGGGCUGGAUUGAACGAAAUAACGACGGACGCUUUCGGUUCCAGCUCAGGGAAACUUCGCAUCGGAAUGCGUACAUUGAGGAGACGGUUUUGUGUGUGAUCAACGGUAUUGCUGGAUUGAAAGAGUUUACAAGAGAAGAUACUUUUCAAGUGUUACAAGAGACCGAAAUGGGCGUGCACGUCACACUUCAGGGGGACAAUGAUUUUUAUUCUCAAGUAAAACGGCUGCAAGAUGCCAAGCUACCACUUUGUCGUGACAGCUUAAAGGCCCUUGAGGCGUUCCUUCCUCCUACAAUAGUAGAGCGUGGCGAUGAGCUGGUUGCAUUGAAAACAGGAAUGGGGAGCUCAGCCGCUCUCGUGACAUCACUUGUUGCAGCACUUGUGUCAUUUUUCGUGCCAUCAAUGAAUAUUGAGGAGCAACGAAAGGACCUAGAACUGGUGCAUAAUUUAGCCCAGUUGAGCCACUGCUACGUUCAGCGCAAGAUCGGAAGUGGCUUCGAUGUGUCGGCGGCAUGCUUUGGAUCUCAUCUAUACACCCGGUUCCCAGCAUCAAUUUUGGAUACGUUCACGUCCGAAGACGCGAUGAAACCCGAAGACAUUGAGCUAUGCAUUACAGACAACGAGCUGUGGGAGACAUCUAACCGCGUGAAAUCUGUUCGAUUGCCUUCUGCUUUUCAUUUGUUAAUGGGAGACGUGUCAUCCGGCUCGGCGACAGUGUCGAUGGUGCGGAAAGUUCUACGUUGGAAGAAGGAUCAACCGGAGCACGCUGAGCGUGUUAUGGAGGCAAUUAAUCGCUACAAUAUGGAAGUUGAGGCAGGAUUCGCUGAAAUAUGGGAGCUCGAAGCUAGCCUUUGUACCCCGUUCGAUUGGCAAGCGAUGGCUGCUUUAAAUCGCAACAAGUGGAGUACAAUGCAUGCUAAAAUUGGGGCUGCACUGUUGAAAACUAGUGAGGCAUACGCUCGUUUCCGAGAGCUUAUGCGUAAUAUGGGAGAUACUGCUGGAGUUCCGAUUGAGCCACCCCAGCAGACAGCGAUUAUAGAUGCAACGCUUGCGAUUCCUGGUGUCUUGCUUGCUGGAGUGCCUGGAGCGGGCGGAUACGACGCGAUUUGCGUGGUUGUGAUUCAUGAGAGCGUUCUGCAAUUAGUUGAAGACUUGUGGAUCCAAUGGCCUUUUACGCAUCCCAACUCCAUCAUUUAUCCGCUGCUGUGCGAUAUCGAUCGUGGAUUGGAGGGCUUGUCAACAGUGAGAGCAGGGCUUCAACCUCACUCAGUUGAGUAG